AACCACCAGUCUCCUUUUGGCCUCCCCUUCCCAUCUUGGCUGAUUUCCAAAGACGUUCCCAAAAUCUUCAUUACUUACAUGGCUCUACCAUAUUGAUGCAAAUCAGUUACACUGAAUUGCAAGUAGAAUUUCACAGGAUACCAGAAUCCAUAGCAUUGUAAGCCGAACUCAGAUCAGGUCUACCCUGCUUUAACUGGGACUCAAGCACCAAUGAAAACGGCAAACUCUGUAAUUGGAUAUGUUAUGAAGUGCUUCAGAAAAUAGGAGUUCACUUUUUAUUUUAGAGUUACCAAAAUAUUAUGGAUAAGAACUUUCAAGAAGAGUUUACACAAAUUAUUAAAUUUAAACCUCCUUUGUACAAACAACGGCACCAGUUCGUUAAAGAUUUAGUGGAGAAAUACAAACCUAAGAAGGUGGCAGAUUUAGGAUGUGCUGAUUGCAGCCUUCUCCGGAUGCUGAAAUUCUGCAGUUGCAUUGAAGUGUUAGCUGGGUUAGAUAUCUGUGCAAAUGUAAUGAAAGAGAAAAUGCAUACAUUGUCUCCUCUUCCUGUUGAUUAUUUGCAACCAUCUGAAAGAUCCCUAACUAUUACCUUGCAUCAUGGUUCAGUUGCCCAUAAAGAUCCUUGCAUGCUUGGUUUUGACUUGGUGACGUGUAUUGAACUAAUAGAACACCUGGAAGAACCAGAGCUGAAGAAGUUUCCUGAAGUGGUGUUUGGUUUCAUGGCUCCAAGCAUAGUUGUGAUCAGUACUCCAAAUUCUGAAUUUAACCCUUUGCUUCCAGGAGUGAUAUUAUACAGGCAUCCAGACCACAAAUUUGAGUGGAACCAAGCACAAUUUCAAAGCUGGGCUCUAGCGACUGCUAGAUGCUAUGAUUACUCUGUGGAGUUUACUGGUGUAGGGCACCCACCAACAGGAAUGGAGAAGGCUGGGUUUUGUACCCAAAUAGGUGUGUUUAUUAGAAAAUAUCCUCAAACUGGUGAAUCUCUUCAGUCUGAGAAGCCCACUGAAGUAAUUUACGAAACAGUCUUCAAAGCAGUGUACCCAAGUCUCAAAGAUGAGAAGUACUUGCAGAAUGCAGUGAUCAGUGAAGUUAUUUUCACAGCUCAAAUCAUUAAGCACCGUUUAAUGUCAAAACAUGAGGAGUACGGUAACGAUCCUGAGAGAAAAUCCAAAUUCCAACCUUCAAUGGACUGUUUUUCAGACUAUCUUGGAAAACUGGUUGUUGAAAAAAACAUGGAACCAUUUGUCAGUGGAAAUGAGGUUUACAUACCCCUUGCAACAAUCUUUUCUUUUCCCAAAGUGAAUCGACUUUGUGGUACCUUUGAGAAGUUAUGCAAGCUUAUUGCUGGCAAGGUCACACUGAGCAGUGAUGGUUCUGCUGUGAUGGUCAAUAUUGAAUGUGAAGAUGAAGAUGAUUAGAUCACAGAUUCCUCAUACAAAGUUGAGUUAAAGUAAAGAAAGUGGUUCUUUUAGAAGCUGUCAAAUGGUGUGUUCUAUAUGGUAACUAGACCACACAAUCUUUUCUAACCUUCCAUCAGCAGUAUUUAUCUGUCAGCACCUCUCAUUGAGUGCAGGUGAGUGCUUCUGACAAAGGUAACAGUCACUCAUAGGGGUUUCAAGUAGAGUAUCAGGGGCUAAAAGGAAAUAAUUAGUUCUCAUGAAGAAAAUGAAGUAUUUCUGUUUACUUUCUAUUGCCUUAUUGUAGCUAUCAAGUAUAGUUUGUUUUGUCAUCUACUGUGUUGUGCUGAGUAAUGUGAGUGAGACAGGUUUAGGGCAAGUUUUUUCUUAAUUUCUAUGAAAUCUAUAGAUGCCUUUUUCAAGAUGAGUAUAUAGCCUUGAUGAAAACCAAAUGUUGUUCCAGCUGAAUUGAAAUAGGAAACUGGCAUCUUUGUUCUGUCUUUGGAAAAAAAAUAAAAAAUUUAAGAACUGCUGUAA